AUGGAUGUCAGACGAUGCCUCUUCAGUGCUAGAAUCAUGGCCAGUGAAGAAAUUCAAGCGAUAUCUGUCACAGAUGUUUACGAUCAGGCGGCAGGUAUCGCCCAUGAAUUUGAUAAAUUAAUUCAAAAUUAUGGAAACGACUCUGUUACGGAGUUGAUGCCUAGAGUUAUCAGGUCAUUGGAACUGUUAGAAACGUUGGCAUCCCGAUAUGAACAUGAUGUGGAAGAGAUUAACCAACUGAGAUACAGAGUAGAGAAACUUGAGACAGAGAAAACAGAAAAGGCUCAAGAAAGAGCUAAAUUUGACCAGGAGUUGGAAGCUAUUGAAGAAAACUGGCAGUCGGAGGUGAAGGAGCUGCUGGAAGUUGUGAACAGGCUACAAGAUGAGAACAAGAGACUUAAGGACAAUGCUAGGAGUGAGAAGCAUGCAGCAGUUGCAGAGUUUGCCGCCAAAAGAAUAGAGGCUGAAGAAGAAGAAAUCAAAGUUCUGACCAAGUUGAAGGAAACUGUAGAUAAACAGAGAGAGGAAAUUAGAGCCAUGAAGAGAGAACUCGGCCAGAAGGGAGUAGAUUGUGAUGCACUGCAGGCUCAGCUGGAGAGAAUCGCUAAAGUCAAUGCAGACCUGAGGCGUAAGAACUCAACCCACAAGAAGCAAGCCAGAGCCCUGAUAGAGGAGAAGGUCGACCUAGAGACACAGCUUCACACCAAGGAUGCAGAGGUAGAGCAUAUUAAAAAGAUCAUGGUGGAACAGGAGAAGUAUGAUGAGCAGAGGGCUGCGGUGAAGGCCGUUGUGGAAGCCAGUAAAAGCAUUGAGGAAGAAGAAGAGUCAGGAGAGACCUGCAAUGAGCCUAUUAAGCAACAGAUUUCUAAGGCUACCACAACAACUUCAGCCACAGAGACAGAGCAUGUUAUGAGUCCAGGCAGUCCAGGCUUUGACCUGGAGGGCAAGCUGGUGAUUGACCUCAAGGAUCCUAACCGGCCAAGGUUUACAUUACAUGAGCUCCGACAGGUUCUGAUGGAGAGAAAUGAGUUGAAGACAAGGCUGAUAGAAGUUGAAGAUGAGUUGGCUCACUAUAAGCCAAGAGAGGAUUCCAGCGCUCAGAACGAAGGACGUGACUAUGAUGAAAAGUCUUCCUACACCGGUGAAGAAGUUCUAGUAUAUGGUCCCAUCAACAAGGAACCAGAUGAGAAAGUUGGCAUCAAGAAGGAAUCAGGCAUCAGAAAAUUAUUUCUGCGUUUGUUAGAGGCAGGCUUUGAGGCACUAGUGGGUUCAGAUGUGGAGGAGGAAGAAGAAAUAUCUGAGCUUCCCAUGUACACUGUUAACCACCGUUUCCCCCAACCCAAGUCCUACAACAGCAACAUGAGAGAGACAAAGUUGUAGUUUUCUCUCUGUCUGGGUUUAUUUUCUCUUGUUGUCUGCAGGGAGGAGGGGAGCUUUGGUUUUUUAUUUUCGUCGGAUGGCUUGGAGAUGAAGGGUGGUCAGCGGAGGAGGAACACACUGAGGCCGUAGUUAUGGAAACACAGUCAGGAACAUUCCAGAACCAUCACAGAAGCAUAUUAAAACAUACGGGUGAGAAAGAUUGGAGAACAGGUGGCCUAAGUCAUGAGGACUUUGGUUACGAUAUCCAUGGUCAAAAUCAUGACGAUGGCUUUUUUGAGACCAGCAGCUUCGGAGUGCCACUAGAAGAUGCCUUUCCUGUCAUUGUCUGGGAUAAGUGAUAGAUAAUAAUUAUCAAUUAAUGCAGAAAUUAUCUUUUACUUAGCGCAUAAUAGUGUUAGUAUUUGCAUAGUUUGUUUUUUUUAUUCAACAAAAUUGUCUGACAUAAAAAUUAAUUAUUUCAUUAUUUUAUUCCUUUUUAAUUUUUAAAUCACUUUAAGAUUGUAAAUCACUAUUUCAAUAUUUAAAAAAUAGAGCUGUGCACAUAUUUAUAUACCGGGUGCAUUUUGAACUUUUUUUUUUUUUUUUAGCUCUACCAUAUUUUAAAUAGUUAUUUUAAAAAUUGAAAAUGAUUACUUUUGGCCUGACACUGUACAUAGAGAUAUUUACUUUAGACAAAUGUAUACUGCAGUUCACAUCUAGCUGUAAUAGGUGUUGAGGUAGACUCUUGAGUGUCUCUGACUGUGUUUGGAAAUACCUAACUCUUCUAGACUGUGCAAUAACAUUAGAUUCAGGAAACUCAAUUUGAUGGUUUUAAUGGGAUAUUUCUGUAUGAUUUUUAGUUAACUGGACUAUUACAAAAGAUUUAAAAAAAAACAACAUAUUUUAAGUAGUCUAGUACAUGUCAGAAAUGACACCCUGGACACUUGCUUAACUCCAUAGUCAAAUUGUGAGUUAUUUGUCUUUAUUUCAACCCUAACAAAUACUGGUACUUCUAGGUCUAGUUCUAACUUUUUUAUAUAAAGAUUCAGAUUAACUGCAUUUAAAAUGUGAAGUAAUGAUUGUGGUCUUCUUCGACUUUCAUUAGCUGUGAAUAAACUAUUUAAGUAGUUAACUAUUUUUUUUUAUGUUAAAAGGUAGAAGAUUUACUAUAUCAGCUAGCUGCUUAGUUCAGCCUCUGCUGCUGUAAUAUAUAAAAAAAAAAAGAAAAUUUUCUAUUUGUAGUGUGAACCCUUUCUCAUACAUAACACUUUUUACAAUAGACCCCUUGUUAUUAAUUGUAUUUGAGCAAUAAAAAUUGACAAAAAAAAUGUAGUGCUUACCAUCAAAAAAAGAUUAAUGCUUUUAGAUUAAAGUCAACUUAUUUGUCCUGAAAGACCGUUUCAAUUUUUGUUCUUGCAGUUAUGCACUAAUUGUGUAAAUAGUGAAGUAGUAUAUAUUUUACCUUAGCUCAGUUCAAUAUGUGCACAAUUAGUGUCCAGAAUCACUGUAAAGCCCCUGAAGGCCAUCAAGGGUGUAUGUUUGUUAGGUGUUUAGGUUAGUAUAACAUAUAUUUUUUUAAAGAAACGCUAAUAAUAUUCAACAAAUGGUUCUUAUUUGACCAGUAUUUAAAAACCACUUUCAUUUCCUCCUAUAACUGGCUUGACUAGUUUCACUCAUGAAAGUGAUAGGCUUUAUUCAAAUCAUUAGGAAGAUAAUCUUUCUCUCUUUUCUGGAACUCAUGGUAAUCUUAAUGUUGCAUGUUCAUUCCUUACCGUGACAUUCCACUCAUCCUAUCUUUACAUUGGUUCUUUUUAGAAUCAACAAAGAACUUCUAGAAUGACAUUAUCUUAAUUUCAUUAAUACUGAUACCUGUAUUUUGCUAAAACAAAUUCCCCAUUUCUGUCCCCUUAAGUCAUGAUGUGUUAUUGUCAUGUGGGAAUUAGCACAUCUUCUGACCAUGAUGACAUCAAAUUGAGUCAUAAAAAGGUCUUUAAGCCACAAAGGGGUAGCUCUACCCAUGUUAGUUCUUUAUUGUUAUCACUGUCAACUUCAUGCUUCCACAAUACACUCUGUGUGUUUCUCCUCCACACACUGAUGAUUCAAUGUGCUGUGCUGCUUUUUUUUUAAUGUAAAAAUCCUCAUGAAAACUAUUGCCAACAGUAACUGUUGAAACUAUUUGGAAAUUAUUUUUGUGUUUGAGUUCAAAAGGUUGACAUAGUUAAUUACUGAUUCAGUGCAAGAUUAUCUGGAACGGUCUUCCCCGCCUAAAUGAAAAUGUUGGCUCUAAGAUUCCAUACAUAUUGCAGCUCUUACUGGGUUGAGUGAAUAUCAAAAGAAAAAAAAAUAGUAUUGAAAGAUUUUUUUAAAUCUCUUUCAUAGUACGGGGUACUAGAAACAAAAUGAAACCAACAAAAAAAACAACACUUUUUGUAGACUUGGUAUUUAGAAAUGUUUUAUGUGUAUAUACACAGCCAUAUUAUGUUUUGAUAUCUCCAGAAUUUUUUUAACAAAACAUUUUUUUUUGACUGUAUGAUUAAAAACGCAUUUUUUGUUUAAGAGUUAAAGGAAGCUCUUAAUAAAUGAGCCAUGGGCACUAUUGUCUAUAUUAGCUUUUUUUUUUAUCAAAGUUAUGAUUUGUGGUACAUUUUAGAUGGAUGACAGUUAAUAUUUUUUGUUAUUGUUCAAAGUGUAAUUAGUGUUGAUGUAUCAUUCAUUCCCUUAUCCUCUUUGAUUGAUUCUGUCUUUCAUCAGUGAACUCCCUUGGUGUGCUGUCUUUCUGCUGUCUCCUCACAAGUUUUUUUGUUAUCUCACAAGUAUCAAUCUAUUUAAUUUGUAACUUUAGUUUAUGCAUUUCAAAAUUACCCAGGCAUUAUUUGGCAUCAAUUCUGCCCCCGCCUCAAUAGCUGUGUGUUACCCAGAGAACUAAAUUGACUGGUGAAUUCAAACCAACUAGCUACACUUUGUGAAACUUGAUUUGUUUUAAACUUUGUUAGAUUGUUGGACUGUCUCCCGUCAUCCAAGUUAGUUCUCUCAUUUACUGGGUAAAGUAUUUAGGUGAGCAUAUGACUCUUGAAAUUGAAUUCCCUUCUGAUCAUCCAAGAUGUUGGCCAUCUUCUCAGUAGAGACCAGAAGAAAAGCUCUUUAUGGAGCAUUCAGUUGAACUUAAAGAUUCUCUGCCAGGAGACAAUACACUUCUAUGUCAUGGAGUCUUAAAAAGUUUGAGGUGGGAAUGAACAAAUAUCUGGUCCUGUGGUUGGUGAAUGGAGUUAAUUGUUUUAAGGUCACACAUCACCAAAGUCUGUGCAGCACAAACAGAAAUGUGUAUGUCGCUACUUUAGAAUUUUAAAUGUCUUUUGUUUUGAGAUUUUGAUCUUGAACAUUUUGUUUUAACAGUUCAUCGACAUAAAAAUAAUGGAACAUAAAGUUUAACAGUACAUUGUAUUCUAGCAUUAGUUUUGUGUUUAUGGCUGCAUUGCGAUUGUGAAUUGUUUUAAUGCUGUGAACAAAUUUGGCUGUGAUCUGACCUCUGGUCAGUAUCUGACCUCUGGCCAGAAUGUUUUAAAGAAUGUUUUAGUAGGUUAAAUUGAAAUAAAAUUUUGAAAUGAGUUGAGUAUUUGAUGUUCAACAUUUUUUUGUUGUAUGUAAUAUUUUUAUUAUAAAACAGCUUUAAUGUAAUCAUUUAGUCUAUUUGAUAAACGCUACUGGUUGUUAAAUUCUUAGACACAUUUGAAGCUUUUUGUUAUACAAGUGAUAAAAAUAAAAUUUUUAAACUUUGAAAAUGUAUCAAGCUUUUUCAGAAGUGUAGUUUCAGGCAGUCCAAUAGGGAAAGAUUCUUUCAUUAUAUUCUUAAAGACUUAGUUGUCAUGUGUACAAGACUAAUAAUUGUUGUUAUCUCACCUGUGUGAUGAUAUUUGUUUUUUUGGCCUAUCAUCUAGAACUCUGUAAUGAUGAAUGGGUGAGCCUAAAAUACAAAACUAAGCUGAUUCUGUUUCCUCUGUAAACAUUGGCCAGACUUUUUUUUUCUUUACCCAAGAGAAAUAUUUUUCUGCACUGAAUAAUAAUAUCAAUCAUUAUACAAAAUUAUUAAGAUUCUCACUUAAUUUGUAUUUUAAUUAUUUAUCAUUAUUGUCAGCUUUUUUUCAUUUGUGUUUGCCUGUAAUAUUCUUGAAGCUAAUUUUGUAGUGUGAUUCUUCAUUAUUUUAAGUUGUUUUCAGAACAUUCACUGGAUAACAAUAAAAAAUUUUAGUACUUUAGGAUACUGGAGUUGUAAUUGUAAAACAUCUCUGUGUUAGAAUAAAUAGAGGCAGUUGUUUUUUGUGGGUUUUUUUUUUAAGGACUCCCUUGCAAAGUGUUAACCUCCAAGACUAAGAAUAAUUUUCUAAUUUACUGGGCUAAUGUACCAAAGUGUUUAGGAGAGCAUAUGACUUGAAAUUUAAUUUCCUUCUGAUCAUCCAAGUCGAUGAUAAAAUUUCAAAGCUGGGGUCAGUGUUGUUAAUCAUUCAGGUCAUAGGAUUACAUUAACAUGUAUUAACUUGUUUAUGAUUAACAAACAAUACACUCCAAGGAUCUAGAUCUAUAGUUUCACCAAGACAAACUUGUAGUUUUAUUUACUUAGUGUUUACCUCAUCUAUCCAUGUACAAACAUUGUUUGGAUGUAAAUAAAAACAUUUCUUUUUAUUAUUUGUACUUGUUUUUGUCAUCCUUGCAACAUAUUGCCAUGUUUUUAUGGGCAAAUACACAAACUAGGUUUAUAUCUCAUAAUUAAGUACUGAACAAACAAAAAAUUGCUUAUUUGUUUGAAUGACUGGACAUGCAGUACAGAUGACCAGAUUUUUGUGAAGGUUUAUUUUCUUGUCAUUAAAAAUAAAAUGUUGAAUAAAGUA